UGCCCCUCUCCCCGCCUAGCGCUCUGGCCCGGCGCAGGCGCAAACCGGGAAGAUGGCGGCAGCUGGAGCGGGUCGCCUGAGGCGGGCCGCUUCCGCCCUUCUCCUUCGGAGUCCCCGCCUGCCUGCCCGCGAGCUGUCAGCUCCGGCCCGGCUCUAUCAUAAGAAGGUUGUGGAUCACUAUGAAAAUCCCAGAAAUGUAGGGUCUCUUGACAAGACUUCUAAAAAUGUUGGAACUGGACUGGUGGGUGCUCCAGCAUGUGGUGAUGUCAUGAAAUUGCAGAUCCAGGUGGAUGAAAAGGGGAAGAUUGUAGAUGCCAGGUUUAAAACAUUUGGCUGCGGGUCCGCGAUUGCCUCCAGCUCCUUAGCCACGGAAUGGGUGAAAGGGAAGACGGUGGAGGAAGCCUUGACCAUCAAAAACACAGACAUUGCCAAGGAGCUCUGCCUUCCGCCCGUGAAACUACACUGCUCCAUGCUGGCAGAAGAUGCAAUCAAGGCUGCCCUGGCCGAUUACAAACUGAAGCAAGAAUCCAAGAAAGGAGACGCAGAGAAGUGAGCCCUGGCUGAGCUGCAGCAGGUCACGGGUCUGCCCGCCGCCGCACGAACACUUUCAACUUCUAGAAGCUCCUCGCACUACUGAAAAAGAAGCUGUGAGAUACGCACACUAUUUCCCAUGCAGACUGCCCUUAAUGCAAGCCAAAUACACCGUUUAAUUGUCCUGCGUCCUGUGGUUUCUUUCAGCUCACCUUUACCACCUUAGCACACUUAGUGUAUAUUUUGAGUUACAUGCAUGGCCUCAGAGUGGAAAUCAGCGAGGUCUCAGUUUUGAUAGCCCAGGAAGUGCCUAAGUGUCUUACUCUGCCUGAGUCUAUUUGGGGAAGGUUGCCAGGGCAAUGCCUUGGUCUGAUUACUUGAUAGAACCAAUUACUGUACAUAAAACAGAUCUGCAUAUAUAUACACAUUAUAAUAAAAGAAUGUGAGAUGA